CACCUCUAGAAGCGGGGAAGGUGAUUUUGUUUGAUUGAAGAGAGCGGGGGGAGAUCGUGCAUACAAUUAAUGUGCAGUUAAUGUGUAAUUCCAAUUGAUGCUCCAGAAAUCGGUCAUGAAUGAAACUACAAUCCGAUGAAAGUGUGCUUCGCUAAAUUAACGAACAACCAACGAAAACAUCGAGUAUUAGUCACUUCCAGGGAAGUGGUUUGCGCAGUGGGAUCAACUUUAAAUUAUAAAGGAUAUUAUGUGAAAUAAGAGCAGUAUAUGUUUACUAUGAAGAAUAAAAAAUAUGUAACUCCUGUAAAAAGUAAAGCUUUCAACAUAUUCCAAUGGAUUUCACUACUGUGUAGUCUUUGGUUAAUCCCAGCUGUACAAAGUAAACCCGAUGACAAGCACACAGCGACCCUCGAACAUAGACUAGAAAAUCAAUUGGAGAAUCUAUAUCGGUUUAGCCAUAAUGUAUAUAAUGUUACCAUACCAGAAAAUAGUAUGGGCAAGACAUACGCUAAGGGAGUACUGCAUGAAAGACUGGCCGGCAUGAGAGUUGGCUUGAACUCAGAAGUUAAGUAUAGGAUAAUAAGUGGCGACAAGGAGAAGCUAUUUAAAGCUGAGGAGAAAUUGGUUGGAGACUUUGCCUUCUUAGCCAUUCGAACGCGAACAAAUAACGUUGUGCUAAACAGAGAAAAAACUGAGGAAUACGUAAUUCGAGUUAAAGCACAUAUACACUUGCACAACCGAAAUGUAUCGAGCUAUGAAGCAGAGACGAAUAUUCACAUUAAAGUACUGGAUCGCAACGACCUGAGUCCGCUGUUUUACCCAACCCAGUACACCGUAGUUAUUCCAGAGGACACUCCAAAGUAUCAAAGUAUCCUGAAAGUCACAGCAGACGAUGCUGAUCUGGGCAUCAAUGGGGAAAUCUACUACAGUCUUCUCAUCGAUAGUGAGUAUUUUGCUGUCCACCCCACCACAGGUGAAAUUACCCUACUGCAGCAACUACAUUAUGCGGAGAACUCACACUUUGAGCUUACGGUGUUGGCCUACGAUCGGGGAUCCUGGGUCAAUCACCAGAACCACCAGGCGAGCAAGGCCAAGGUCAGCAUUUCGGUGAAGCAGGUUAACUUUUACGCUCCGGAAAUUUUCACAAAAACCUUUUCGAGCGUGACACCAACGUCGAAUCCUCUAAUUUAUGGAAUUGUCCGCGUAAACGACAAAGACACUGGGAUAGAUGGUAACAUUGGACGGUUGGAAAUAGUCGAUGGUAAUCCAGAUGGCACUUUUCUUUUGAAAGCGGCAGAGACCAAAGACGAGUACUACAUCGAACUGAAUAAGUUUGCGCACUUGAAUCAACAACAUUUUAUUUACAACUUAACUCUGCGAGCCGAGGACCUCGGAACUCCCCGUAGAUUCGCCUAUAAAUCCGUUCCGAUACAGAUAAAGCCAGAGAGCAAAAACAUACCCAUAUUCACGCAGGAAAUUUACGAAGUUUCGAUUCCGGAAACAGCCCCCAUCAACAUGCCCGUGAUAAGGCUGAAAGUGAGCGAUCCGGAUUUGGGUAAAAACGCAUUGGUCUACUUGGAAAUCGUGGGUGGCAAUGAGGGCGACGAGUUCCGCAUUAAUCCCGAUUCCGGGAUGUUGUACACAGCCAAGCAGCUCGAUGCUGAAAAGAAGUCAAGCUACACUCUAACCGUUUCCGCCAUUGAUCAAGCGAAUGUUGGCUCGCGAAAACAAUCCUCUGCCAAGGUCAAAAUAAGCGUGCAGGAUAUGAACGACAAUGAUCCCAUCUUCGAGAAUGUGAACAAAUUGAUCAGUAUCAAUGAAAACAAUUUGGCUGGAUCGUUUGUGGUUAAACUGACGGCCAAAGACAGGGAUUCUGGUGAAAAUUCGUACAUAUCGUAUAGUAUUGCCAAUCUAAACACGGUUCCAUUCGAAAUCGAUCACUUUAGCGGCAUCGUUAAGACCACAUCUCAAAUUGACUUCGAAACAAUGAAGCGCAACUACGAACUUAUAAUACGUGCAUCGGACUGGGGAUUGCCGUACCGAAGGCAGACGGAAAUAAAACUGUCCAUCGUGGUUAAUGAUAUUAACGAUAACAGGCCCCAGUUUGAGCGGGUUAACUGCUAUGGCAAAGUUACCAAGUCGGCACCGAUGGGUACUGAAGUUUUCGUCACGUCAGCCAUUGAUUUCGAUGCUGGCGACAUCAUUUCCUAUCGGUUGAGCGAUGGCAACGAAGACGGUUGCUUCAACCUGGACCCCACAUCCGGUUCCCUGUCCAUUUCCUGCGACCUGACGAAGACCUCCCUAACAAAUCGCAUCCUCAAAGUGUCUGCCACGGAUGGCACCCACUUUUCAGAUGACCUAAUCGUCAAUGUACACCUGAUGCCAGAGGAUUUGGGUGGGGAUGCCAGCAUUCUUCACGGCUACGGAUCUUUCGAGUGUCGCGAAACCGGAGUCGCCAGGAGGUUGGCGGAAACAUUGGCCCUGGCCGAAAAGAACAACGUGCGGAGUGUGUCGCCAUCGGUUUUCAGCGACCUAUCGCUUACACCCAGUCGAUAUGGUCAAAAUGUGCACCGACCUGAGUUCGUGAACUUCCCGCAGGAGCUGUCCAUCAAUGAAAGUGUUCAGUUGGGCGAAACGGUGGCUUGGAUAGAUGCUAAGGACCGGGACCUGGGCUACAAUGGCAAACUGGUGUUUGCCAUCUCCGAUGGGGAUUACGACUCUGUUUUUCGGAUCGAUCCCGACCGUGGUGAACUGCAGAUAAUUGGGUAUUUGGAUAGAGAGCGUCAGAGUGAAUAUGUCCUCAAUAUAACCGUCUAUGAUCUGGGUAACCCCACCAAAUCGACAUCGAAAAUGCUGCCCAUAACAAUCCUCGAUGUGAACGACAAUCGGCCAGUUAUUCAGAAGACAUUGGCCACAUUCCGAUUGACAGAAAGCGCCAGAGUAGGAACUGUGGUGCACUGCAUUCAUGCCACGGAUGCGGAUUCGGGAGAAAAUGCUCAGGUUACGUAUUCACUGUCGGUGGAGUGCAGUGAUUUCACAGUCAAUGCGACUACGGGCUGCAUUCGUCUAAGCAAGCCACUGGAUCGGGAGCAACAGGAUAACUAUGCUCUCCACAUAACGGCCAAGGAUGGGGGCAAUCCCGUGCUCUCCUCGGAGGCACUGGUUUACGUUCUGGUCGACGAUGUCAACGAUAACGCCCCCGUGUUCGGAGUGCAAGAGUACAUAUUCAAAGUGCGCGAAGAUCUGCCCCGGGGCACAGUGCUGGCCGUAAUCGAGGCAGUGGACGAAGACAUUGGGCCCAAUGCCGAGAUCCUCUUCUCGCUCAAAGAGGAGACCCAGGACGCGGAACUGUUCAGGAUCGACAAGCACACUGGUGCCAUACGGACGCAAGGACAGCUGGACUACGAGAACAAGCAGGUGCAUAAUCUUGUUGUCAGCGCCAUUGAUGGCGGAGAUCCGUCGCUGACAUCGGACAUGCCCAUCGUUAUAAUGAUCAUCGAUGUCAACGAGAACCGAUUCGCUCCCGAGUUCGAUGACUUUGUGUAUGAGGGAAGAAUCAAGGAGAACAAGCCGAAGGGGACGUUUGUGAUGAAUGUCACCGCCCGGGACAUGGAUACGGUCGAUCUGAACUCGAAAAUCACGUACUCCAUCACAGGUGGCGAUGGACUGGGCAUUUUUGCGGUUAACGACCAAGGUUCAAUAACUUCCUUAUCCCAACUCGAUGCGGAGACGAAGAACUUUUAUUGGCUCACACUGUGUGCACAGGAUUGCGCCAUAGUUCCUCUCAGCAUUUGUGUCGAAGUUUACAUCGAAGUCGAAAACGAAAAUGAUAACUUUCCGCUGACGGGCAAGCCCGUGUACUAUGUCAAUGUAACGGAAGCAAGUGCGGAAAACGUAGAGAUUAUUACCCUGAAUGCAGUAGAUCCCGAUAUAGAUCCCACACAGUCUAUUACUUACAAUAUCGUUUCCGGAAAUCUCGUCGGCUACUUCGAAAUCGAUUCAAAAACAGGAGUAAUCAAAACAACUGAACGCAAAUUGGACAGAGAAAAUCAAGCGGAACACGUUUUGGAGGUUGCUAUUUCUGACAAUGGAUCGCCAGCGUUAUCUUCUACCUCGAGAAUUGUUGUGUCAGUCCUAGAUAUUAACGAUAAUAGCCCGGAGUUUGACCAACGGGUUUACAAAGUGCAAGUUCCAUCUUCAGCCACUGUCAAUCAAUCUAUUUUUCAGGUUCAUGCCAUCGACAGCGAUAGUGGUGAGAAUGGCCGAAUUACCUAUUCAAUUAAGUCCGGAAAGGGUAAAAACAAAUUCCGCAUCGAUAGUCAAAGGGGCCACAUACAUAUAGCGAAGCCAUUGGAAUCCGACAAUGAGUUUGAGAUUCACAUCAAGGCUGAAGACAAUGGAAUUCCUAAAAAAAGUCAAACUGCUAGAGUUAAUAUAGUCGUAAUUCCUGUUAAUCCUAAUUCGCAAAACGCACCGUUAAUAGUGAAAAAGUCGUUAGAUAAUGUCGUUGAUCUGACGGAGAAUGACAAGCCAGGAUUUUUGGUUACUCAAAUAUUGGCUGUCGAUGAUGAAAACGAUCAGCUGUGGUUCAACAUCUCCAAUGGCAAUGAUGAAAACACCUUCUUUAUUGGCCAAGAUAACGGAAACAUUUUGCUUUCAAAAUAUUUGGAUUAUGAAACUAAAAAGUCUUAUAAUCUGACCAUUGGUGUAACUGAUGGCACAUUUACGUCGUACACUAACCUCUUGGUUCAAGUGAUCGAUAUAAAUGACAACCCUCCGCAAUUCGCCAAAGAUGUCUACCAUGUCAAUAUAUCGGAGAACAUUGACGAGGAAUCUGUUAUCAUGCAGCUUCACGCCACUGACAGAGAUGAGGACAAGAAACUGUUCUAUCACCUCCACGCCACUCAGGAUCCCUCGUCACUGGCCUUGUUUCGGAUCGACUCCAUUAGCGGAAAUGUUAUUGUCACCCAGAGAUUGGAUUUCGAGAAGACCGCGCAACACAUUCUCAUCGUUUUCGUUAAGGAUCAGGGAGCGCCCGGGAAAAGAAACUAUGCCAAGAUUAUUGUAAACGUGCAUGACCACAACGAUCACCAUCCGGAGUUUACGGCGAAAAUAAUUCAAAGUAAGGUGCCCGAAAGUGCAGCGAUUGGCUCCAAGUUGGCCGAGGUGCGGGCCACAGACCGCGAUAGUGGCCACAAUGCCGAGAUUCAGUACUCCAUCAUCACGGGUAACGUGGGAAGUGUCUUCGAGAUCGACCCCACCUUUGGUGUGAUCACAUUGGCGGGCAGCUUGAACAUCAACAAUAUCCAGGAGUACAUGCUUCAGGUAAGGGCCGUAGACCUGGGCAGCCCACCGCUGACUUCGCAGAUCCCUGUGCACAUCAUCGUUACCAUGUCCGAGAACGAUCCGCCAAAUUUCUCGACCAACAACAUUGCCAUCGAAAUAUUCGAAAGCCUGAGCAUCGGAACGUUCGUAACUCAAGUCACCGCCCGCUCAUCCUCAUCCAUAUUCUUCAACAUUGUUUCCGGCAACAUAAACGAUAGCUUCCGCAUUAACCCCUCCACUGGAGUUAUUGUUAUCAAUGGCAAUAUCGAUUACGAAACAAUCAAAGUAUUCAACCUUACGGUUAAGGGAACCAAUAUGGCAGCCGAGUCUUCCUGCCAGAAUAUAAUAAUACAUAUCCUAGAUGCUAACGACAAUAUUCCAUAUUUCGUUCAGAAUGAAUAUGUGGGAGCUUUAUCUGAAUCGGCCGCCAUUGGAUCUUACGUACUCAAAGUACAUGAUUCAUCGAAUGAUCAUUUAACAUUACAAGUAAAGGAUGCUGAUGUCGGAGUAAAUGGAAUGGUUGAGUACCACAUAAAUGACGAUCUGGCCAAAAAUGUUUUCAAAAUAGAUUCGACCACCGGCGCCAUUGAACUUUUACGACACUUGGAUUAUGAAACGAACGCUGGCUAUACUUUCGAUGUUACGGUUAGUGAUAUGGGAAAACCCAAACUACAUUCCACUACAACAGCACAUGUGACAAUUCGUGUGAUUAAUGUUAACGAUUGUCCUCCAGUAUUUAAUGAAAGAGAACUUAAUGUGACCUUGUUCCUUCCAACAUUCGAAAACGUGUUUGUUGCACAAGUCAAUGCAAAGGAUGCUGAUAACGAUACUUUGCGGUUCGACAUUGUGGAUGGCAACACCAAUGAAUGCUUUCAAAUCGAAAAAUACACAGGCAUUAUAACAACAAGAAAUUUCGAAAUUUUAAAUAAUGAAAAUUAUCAGGACUAUACACUGCACGUCCGUGCCUCCGACGGAAUAUUCUCUGCCAUAUUAAUAGUAAAGAUUAAAGUUUUGUCAGCCAUAGACUCAAAUUUCGCAUUCCAACGGGAAUCGUACCGAUUUUCUGCAUUUGAAAACAACACAAAAGUGGCUACGAUUGGAUUGGUUAAUGUGGUUGGAAACUCGCUGAACGAAAAUGUUGAGUAUCGCAUCUUGAACCCAACCCAAUUGUUCGAUAUUGGAAUCAGCUCAGGUGCCCUCAAAACUACUGGAGAAAUUUUCGAUCGUGAAGUUCGCGAUUUGUACCGACUCUUUGUGGAAGCAAAGUCAGUUUUGUUCGACGGAGCGAAUGCUAAUGUGCGCAGGGCAGUUACCUCUGUAUAUAUAUCCGUAUUGGAUGUUAAUGAUAACUGCCCCUUAUUUGUCAAUAUGCCAUAUUAUGCCACUGUCUCCAUAGACGAUCCAAGAGGCACUAUCAUAAUGCAGGUCAAGGCCAUUGACUUGGAUAGCGGCGAAAAUGGUGAGGUUCGGUACGAAUUGAAAAAGGGAAAUGGAGAACUGUUCAAAUUGGAUCGCAAGUCGGGAGAACUAUCCAUCAAGCAGCAUGUGGAGGGGCACAACCGAAACUAUGAACUCACGGUUGCUGCUUACGAUGGGGCCAUAACACCCUGCUCUUCAGAAGCUCCACUGCAAGUAAAGGUAAUUGACCGUUCGAUGCCCGUUUUUGAGAAACAGUUUUACACUGUCAGCGUCAAAGAGGACGUCGAAAUGUACUCGGCCCUUUCCGUAUCCAUUGAGGCCGAAAGUCCCUUGGGCAGGAGUUUAAUUUACACCAUAUCUUCUGACAAUCAGUCCUUUGAAAUUGAUUACAAUACAGGAUCAAUUUACGUUGUAAAUGAACUGGACUACGAGCAAAUGAAUAGCCAUGACGUUUCUAUCCGGGCAACCGAUAGCCUUUCUGGAGUUUACGCCGAAGUCGUUCUAUCUGUUUCCAUAAUUGAUGUCAACGACUGUUACCCAGAGAUUGAAAGUGAUAUCUACAACAUAACCAUUCCAGAAAAUACAUCGUUUGGAACCCAGAUUUUAAAAAUUAACGCAACUGAUAAAGACUCUGGAGCAAACGCAAAACUUUCCUAUUACAUUGAGUCCAUAAAUGGACAAAACAAUUCCGAACUGUUCUACAUUGAUGUCACAGAUGGCAAUCUAUAUCUAAAAACACCCUUGGACUAUGAGCAGAUAAAAUACCAUCAUGUUGUCGUCAAUGUAAAGGACCAUGGUUCGCCAUCAUUAAGUUCCCGAUCAAACAUAUUUAUAACAGUUAAAGACCUGAACGAUAACCCUCCAUGCUUUGUUGAGCCUUCCUACUUCACCAAACUAUCAGUCGCCGCUGUCCGUGGACAAUUUGUUGCCCUACCUAAAGCAUACGAUAAGGAUAUUUCUGACACUGACUUGCUGGAGUAUAAAAUUGUUUACGGAAACGAAUUGCAAACCUAUAGUAUUGAUAAGCUAACAGGAGUGAUAUCCCUUCAAAACAUGUUGAAUUUUACCGACAAAAGUAGCACAGUCUUGAAUAUUUCUGUUUCGGAUGGAGUUCAUACGGCAUAUGCACGUUUGAAAAUAUCUUUGCUGCCGGAAAAUGUAUACAGUCCACAAUUUGAUAAAAGCUCUUACGAGGCGAACAUUUCCGAAAAUUUGUUGCACGGCCAUAAUAUAAUUACGGUUAAAGCAUCGGAUGGAGACUUUGGAGCGUACUCAAGCCUUUAUUACGAAAUAGUUUCCGAAGAAAUGAAAAAAUUCUUUCUCAUCGAUCAAACGACUGGUGUAAUAACCUCCAAAGUAACGUUUGACCGUGAAAAAAGGGACGAGUACGUGGUGCUCUUGAAAGUAUCCGAUGGUGGCGGUAAAUUUGGAUUUGCAUCCCUCAAGGUUAUAAUAGAUGACGUAAACGAUAACGUUCCUUACUUCCUGUUAAAAGAAUACAAAAUCGUUGUAAGCACAACAACGGAAGCGAACAGGACUAUUUUAACGGUCAAGGCCAAGGACGACGAUAUAAACGACAAUGGCUCGGUGAACUACCAAAUUGUGCAAAAGUCUAAAGACGAGUCCUCAAAAGAUGUGGUUGAAAUAAACGAGAACUCUGGAGAUAUUGUCCUCAAGCGGGAUGCUCUAACCUACGGUGUGGGAUCGUAUCAGUUCUUUGUACGCGCCGCUGACCGAGGUGAACCUCAAUUUCACUCGGAAGUGCCAGUGUCAAUUGAAAUAAUUGAAACAGAUUCAAGCAUUCCCGUUUUCGACAAGUCGUCAAUCCAACUUAAGAUUAUAGAGUCAACGUCACCGGGAACCGUGCUCACAAAGCUGCACACGAUUGGAAACUUUACGUUUAAAUUUUCGAUAGCCGCUGAUCAGGACCAUUUCAUGAUAUCCGACAGUGGCGAACUCAUCCUUCAGCAGACCUUAGACCGCGAACAACAGGAGUCGCACAACUUGAUUGUGGUGGCAGAAACCGCCACGGUUCCGGUUCUGUUUGCCUACGCUGAUGUCUUUAUCGAUGUCAGGGACGAAAAUGAUAACUACCCCAAGUUUGACAACACGUUCUACAGUGCCAGUGUAGCGGAAAACAGUGAAAAGGUUAUUUCGCUGGUAAAAGUAUCAGCGACUGAUGCCGACACCGGGCCAAAUGGCGACAUUCGAUACUAUCUGGAAAGUGAAGCCGAAAACAUCCAGAACAUUUUCGAUAUCGACAUCUACUCUGGCUGGAUCACCCUACUAACCUCCCUGGAUAGAGAAGUUCAAUCGGAAUAUAAUUUCAAAGUAAUUGCUGCCGAUAAUGGUCACCCGAAGCAUGAUGCGAAAGUACCUGUUACUAUUAAAAUUGUAGACUAUAAUGACAAUGCACCUGCAUUUAAGUUACCUAUCGAAAGACUUUCGGUUCUCGAGAACGCACUGCCUGGCACAGUUUUAAUCAAUUUGCUUUUGAUUGAUCCGGAUAUCGAGAAACAGGAAAUGGACUUCUUCAUCGUCUCUGGGGACAAGCAAGCUCAGUUCCAGAUCGGUAAGAGCGGAGAGCUAUUUAUUGCCAAACCAUUGGAUCGCGAACAAAUCAAGUUCUACAACUUGAGCAUAAUUGCAACUGAUGGAAAAUUCACUGCCAAAGCCAACGUUGAAGUAGAUGUAAAGGACAUAAACGACAAUACGCCCUACUGCCUAAAACCCCGCUAUCAUAUCACCACUAAUGAAUCCAUCUCGGUUGGAACUGCACUAGUUGAAAUCAAGGCGGUUGACUUUGAUUUGCAAAGCAAACUUCGCUUCUAUCUGUCGGGCAAAGGGGCAGACGACUUCACAAUUGGGAAGGAAAGUGGCAUUUUGAAGGUGGCGAAUGCACUAGACCGGGAAACUACUCCAAGGUACAAACUGGUGGCUCACGUCCAGGAUGGCAAGGACUUCACCCAGGAAUGCUUCUCCGAAAUAAUCAUAACAGUCAGUGACAUAAAUGACAACAUACCCGUUUUCUCGAUGGCCCAAUACAGAGUGAGCGUUCCCGAGGAUGCUCAACUGAAUACGCUGAUCACGAAAGUGCAUGCGAUGGACAAGGACUUUGGGGUUAACAGACAAAUCAAGUACUCCCUUAUGGGCGAAAAUCAUGAUUACUUUAAAAUUUCUAAGUCUACUGGUAUUAUAAGGCUGGACAAAAAUCUUGAUCGCGAAACUAUUUCUCUGUUUAACCUGACCGUCAAAGCGGAGGACUGCGGCAUUCCCAAGUUACAUUCCAUAGCAACGGUGGCCGUAAACAUAUUGGACAUCAACGACAACCCGCCUGAGUUCAGUAUGCGGCAGUACUCCUGCCAAAUCCUUGAGAACGCCACCCAAGGCACCGAGGUCUGCAAGGUCUAUGCCGCUUCCAUAGACAUUGGUGUCAAUGCGGACAUCCACUACUUCAUCAUGAGUGGCAACGAGCAGGGAAAGUUCAAAAUGGAUUCCAUGACCGGCGAACUGUCGCUGAAUGCGACUUUGGACUAUGAAAUGUCUAAGUUUUACUUCCUAACCGUUCAAGCCAUCGACGGAGGCACUCCACCGCUCAGCAACAACGCCUAUGUGAACGUGUCCAUACAGGACAUUAAUGACAACAGCCCCAAGUUUCUGCAGAACUUGUACCGCAUUAAUGUUAACGAAGAUAUAGCCGUGGGAACCAAGAUUCUGGAUGUCAAGGCCACAGAUGAGGACUCUGAUAUCAAUGGUCUUGUCACGUACAACAUCGAAAAGGGUGACCACAUAGGCCAGUUCUCGAUAGAUCAGAAAAACGGUACGAUAAGCGUGUCGAGGCCCCUAGAUCGGGAGACAAUUUCGCACUAUAACCUGGAAAUUCAGGCCUGCGACCAGGGAACUCCCAAUAACUGCAACAGUGUGCCAGUGAAUGUAAAUAUAUUGGACACAAACGACAAUGCGCCCAUUUUUUCCAGCGCCAACUACAGUGUUGUGCUGCAAGAAAACCGACCUCUGGGCUACAUAUUCCUCACAUUCAAAAUAUCAGACGCAGACGAAUCUCCCAAUACCACUCCAUACACAUUCGACAUUCGGUCGGGAAACGAGGGUGGACUAUUCCGCCUGGAGCAAGAUGGAUCGCUGAGCACUGCCUCGCGGUUCAACCACAACCUUCAGGAUGAGUUCGUGAUUCAGGUUCGGGUGUUUGACAACGGCACACCGCCACUGUACUCCGAUGCCUGGGUGGUGGUGAAAGUAAUCGAGGAAAGUCAAUACCCUCCAAUAGUCACUCCCCUGGAGGUGACAAUCAACUCGUUUGAGGACGAUUUCGCUGGCGCCUUCAUUGGAACACUUCACGCCUCCGAUCAGGACAAGUACGACGAACUGAACUUCAGUUUGGUAUCCGGUCCCGAGGACAUGUAUCAGAGCUCCAAACUGUUUAACGUCUCCAAUAAAACGGGAAAGAUCUACGCCAUAUCCAACCUCGACAUUGGCCUGUACAAGCUUAAUGUGUCCGUUUCGGAUGGCAAAUUCCAGGUCUUCUCGAUGGUCAAGAUCAAUGUGGAGCUGGUCACCAACGACAUGCUCAAGGAAUCGGUUGUGAUUCGGUUCAGCAGGAUUUCACCAUCGGAGUUCCUGCUCAGUCACAGGAAAACGUUCAUGCGCUCCAUUCGCAACAUCAUGCGCUGUCGCCAAAAGGAUGUGAUCCUGAUCACCUUGCAAACGGAAGCACCGCAUCACUCUGUGGCCACUCGACAUGCCAGAUCGAUUGACUCCAAUUUGAAUGUGGUGUUUGCAGUGCGAAAGCAGCAAAUUAUUCCCGACUCCGAUGAGUUCUUCACCAGCGACGAGAUUCGACAAACGCUGAUCGACAAGAAGAACGAGAUCGAGAACGAAACCAACUUGGUUGUGGAGGAGAUACUGCCCUCCACCUGCCAGAGCAGUCAAAACUCCUGUGUUCACGGGGAGUGCAAGCAGAUCUUGCGGAUCCAGAAGAACAAUGUCACGACCACCUUUACGGAUGUGAUAAGUUUCGCUGCGCCAUCGUACAAUCGGGUGAACAGAUGCGUCUGCAGGCCAGGCUUCGAUGGAAAGCACUGUAACGAGACGGUAAAUGCUUGCUCGACGGAUCCCUGCUCGCCGCAGAGGAUCUGCAUGCCAUCGGGAUCGGUGCUGGGCUACCAAUGCGUGUGUCCCAAGGGCUUUUCGGGAACGUACUGCGAGAGAAAGUCGUCGAAGUGCAGCAAUGAAUCCUGUGACAUUGGUCUGUUCACUGCGGUUUCGUUCGGCGGAAAGAGCUAUGCCCACUACAAGAUCAACAAAAUCAAGGCCAAGUUCACGCUGGAAAAUGAAUUCUCGUAUUCGCUGCAGAUAAGAACUGUGCAGCAAACUGGCACCCUGUUAUACGCCAGCGGCAAGGUGGACUACAACAUUCUGGAGAUCAUAAACGGAGCCGUGCAGUACCGAUUCGACCUGGGCUCCGGUGAGGGAGUCAUAAGCGUUUCGAGCAUCAACAUCUCGGAUGGGGAAUGGCACCUGAUCAGUCUGGAGCGAUCGCUCAACAGUGCCAAGCUGAUGGUGGACAACAAGCACGUCUCACACGGCAGUGCGCCGGGUGUGAAUGGGAUCCUGAACAUCCAGUCGAACGACAUCUUUGUGGGCGCCGAAGUGCGACCGCAUCCAUCGAUCAUCGGCUACGAGGACAUUCAGCGCGGCUUCAUCGGCUGCAUGGCGAACAUUAAAAUAGCCAAGGAGUCGCUGCCCCUGUACAUUUCCGGCGGCAGCACCAUUGCUGCCCUGAAGCGGUUCACGAACGUGGAGUUCAAGUGCGAUCCGUCGAAUGUGCUGGUGCGCCUGGGCAUUUGCGGAUCGCAGCCUUGUGCCAAUAGUGGCAUCUGCAAGGAACUCGGUGCUGACGCAUUUGAGUGUGCCUGCCAGCCGCGAUAUUCGGGCAGGCACUGCGAGAUCGAUCUCGAUCCGUGCUCGUCGGGACCUUGUUUGUUCGGCGGACGGUGCGACUACCACGGACCCAACAACUACAGCUGCACGUGUCCGAUCCACUUGUCCGGUCGCAGGUGCGAGUACGGCAAGUUCUGCACCCCGAAUCCGUGCAAGAACGGCGGGAUUUGCGAGGAGGGCGAUGGCAUAUCGCACUGCAUGUGCCGGGGCUACACAGGUCCCACCUGUGAGAUCGAUGUGGACGAGUGCGAGAACCAGCCGUGUGGAAAUGGAGCGACCUGCAUCAACGAGCCCGGCAGCUUCCGGUGCAUUUGUCCCUCGUACCUCACAGGCGCCAGCUGCGGAGAUCCCCUGUACUCGAACUCGAUUUCCACAAAGCUGAAGAACUUUUCCAUAGAGCACAUUAGUGGCAUCAUAUCGGGAGUAGCCGUGGUGCUUGUGAUCAUUAGUUGCGUCCUGUGCUGUGUGGUCAUUCGGAGGAAUUCGUCCUCGAAGCGAAGGAACCGACUUGAAAAGGACAAGAACAAGCCGUCCUACAAGGAGGCGAACCUAAACUCGCUGGUCGACAAGGACAACUACUGCAAGCCGAACGUUAAGUUGAGUAACUUGGAGGUGAACCAGCGACCCAUUAGCUACACCGCUGCCCCCAAUGAUAACCUGUUCAUGAGCAACAGGAAUUUCGUCAACAAUUUGGAUAUACUGCGAAGCUAUGGUUCGGCUGGCGAUGAACUGGAAAAUGUGCCAUUUGAGUACCAGAAGGUGAAUCGAAACAAACAGCAUGUUAACAUAAACACCUGCCAUUCCGCCGAUGCAGAUAAUGCCUACAAACAAGAGUGGUGCGAGCAAAUGCAUUUAAGAACCUUCAGUGAAAACAAACUGAACAAUGAACUUAAACGUGAUUUCGGACCCUCAGUUAGUCGCUUUUCAACUGGCAAACUAAUCCAAGUUGAAAUGCCGAACGUGUGCCACUCCUCCAGUGCGAAUUUCGUUGAUUAUUCAGCUCUUGCCAAUGGUCAGUACCAUUGGGACUGCUCCGACUGGGUUCGCAAAAGCCAUAAUCCCUUGCCAGACAUAACCGAAGUUCCUGGAGCAGAAAUAGCCGACUCGUCGAGCUUACACAGCAAUGAUAGCAACGAGUCCAAGUCGAAGAAGGCCUUUUUCGUUCACAGAGAAGACGGAGAUGUCGAUCCGACUAGGGAUAUAGCUGCACUGAACGAGGAUAUCGGUUCGGAAUAUUUGGAUUCGGAGGCGGAGAGCUGUUUGGAGCCGUUUAUGUUGCCGAGAUCAAGUAAUCAGCCACUUUCAAGACUGAGUUCUUUUAAUAAUAUCGAGAAUGAAGACUAUAAAUCAAAUACAGUGCCUUUACCGUCGAAAGUUAGUCAUUUGUGCAAAGUAUAUUUAAGACAUCCUGAUUCGUAUUUACCCACGAUGCAUUUUCCAAGUGAAACGGAUGGGGAAAGCUCUAUGACCGAUGGGCCGAUUUCAAGGAAGGAAAUUAAGACCAGAAGGACGAUAAGUGAAAAUUCAGAGGAGGCAUAUCUAUUUCCAUGCGCUGGCGGAGAAAUUGGUUCCAACAGUAAUAUUUCUGUUCGACUGUGUGAAAUUGAAGAUUCUGAGUUGGAAGAGUUUUUACCACAACAACAAACAAACAAUUAAAUGACAUGCUAAAUAUAUAAGAACUACAUUUUACACAAAUUAUUUGAUUUCGUUAGAUACUAUUUUCCAUAGGAAAGACUUUGGUUAUAUAUUUUCAAUAAAAAAUACAUAAAC